AUGCAGCUCGCCGCUCAAAACGCCUGGAGUAUGUGUAUCUCCGGUAUUCGCAGGGACUUGACGACUUCUUGGUGCCAACGAGUUUCCCUACCGUCCAGAUCAAGGAGUAUAUUUGUGCCGCAUCGAACCGCCUCGUCGUGGACAUGCACCCCAAGAGUAUUUCCCACCUCGGGAGUCGAGUUGCUUGACCAGUCCAUCGAGCUUGACGAGGAGACACUGCCGACGUAUCAAUCUGAGCAAUACUACCCGGUCACCCAGGGUGAGAUAUUCAACGACCAAUAUCAAACACUUGUCAAAAUCGGGUAUGGAGUAACCUCCACAGUGUGGCUUGCGAAAGACUUGAUUGCUUCAACAUAUGUUGUUUUGAAAGUUUACGUGACAGUCAAUAACCAGAAUUAUGAGGAGAGAGAGCUAAAUAUAUACAAGCACAUGUGUCUGAAGGAAACAAAGCAUCCGGGCAGGAAUUUCAUUCGCAAGCUGCUUGACCAUUUCUACGUCCAGGGCCCUCAUGGCCGGCACGUCUGUCUUGUUCAUGAACCUCUCGGAAUGAGCGCGGAUCUUCUGAUCAGAAUGACUCCUGGGCAAGCAAUGAGUCUUGAUAGCAUGAAGCCGGAUCUUCAGCUCAAGAACUUACUACUCCCCGGACCGGAAACAAGCUAUCUUUCCCGCUUCGAAGAAGCUGAAGUAACAGACCCAUCGCCUAGAAAGAUCGCCAAAGACCGGACAAUCUACCAGGCUUUGAGUUUUCUUCCAAGAGGCGGGCUGCCACUUCUCAGUGAUUUCGGGGAAGCUCGAUUAGGCGACAAAGAACACAACGACGAUAUCAUGCCAAAUGUGUACAGAGCUCCUGAGGUUAUUUUGAGAUCGAGCUGGGGCUACAAGGUUGAUAUUUGGAGUAUUGCCAUGGUGGCCUGGGACAUUGUUAGUCCUCGCACACUUAUCAACGGCAAAAACUCAGAUGGCAUGUUUGAUGACAGAGUUCAUCUGGCCGAGUUGGUUGCCCUGCUAGGGACCCCGCCAUCUGAAUUUAGGAAACAGAGGCACCUCAGCUCGGUCUUCUGGGAUGAUUCGGGGAAGUGGAAGGACGUGGCCCCGAUUCCAGAUAUUACUCUCGAGAGCCUGGCGGAGAGAAUCGAAGGCGAGGACAAAGAAGGCUUUCUGCGGUGGCUCCGGAUGGCCUUGCAGUGGAAUCCCGAGGACCGGCCGACGUCUUUGGAACUCUUAUACGACGAGUGGCUGAUGAAGGGUUUAGGGGAGAGGAGGGCAAGUAAAUAG